UAAACCUCAUCGAGGAAGAAGUUAAACCUCAUCGAGGAAGAAAAAUAAGUUGACGUCUGAUUUGUACUUCUGUGUUCUAAGUGAAAGUAAGCAACAUCGAGGCCACGACACCGAACUUACUGCCCCCUAAAUAUAACCCAUUGGUUUCAUUUUGACAUAAAGGGUUGAGAUCGAAGCUCAGUGAAGGGAAAUCAAAGCUGUGUAAAGGAAAUAACAGUAACCAUGGCUCCAACAUUGUAUGAUAAGAAGCCGGAGCCAGGGGAUCUGAUAGAGAUAUUCAGAGGGAACUACCAGCACUGGGCUUUGUACGUUGGUGAUGGCUUUGUUGUUCACCUGGCCCCACCCUCCGAGGGACCUGGGGCCGGGGCCAACAGCAUGAUGUCUGUGCUCAGUGACCAGGCUAAGGUGAAGAAGGAAGAGAUCUGGGACGUGGUGGGGCAUGAUCAGUGGUGCGUAAACAACCAGCUGGAUGAGAAGUACCAGGUCAGACCCAUACAUGAGAUACUGAGGGAAGCCCAGGCCUAUGUGGACCAGGAGAUGCCCUACUGUGUCUUCAGGGGAAACUGUGAGCACUUUGUCACAGAUCUGAGAUAUGGGAAGGCUGAGUCUCGACAGGUUCGUCAGGUUGUGCAAACUGUGGGAAUGGCUGCAAUGGUGGGCUUCGGAGUCCUUGCUGUUGCAGGUAUCGCAGCGGCCAUCUUUGGAGGUGGAAGCAAGAAGAAGAAUGAAGAAAAAGAAGAAUAUAAGUGACCCACUGUAUAAUAGCUUCCUGAGCAGCCAGUCACCAAUAAGCCUAAUAGAUUAUUUUUUUAACUACAGUACUGCCAUCGUCACUUGUAUAAUUCUGGGGCUUUCAGAAGGAAGGGUUAAGUAUUUCCAUAAUAUUUUUUAUAGUUCCACAGACAUGAAUUGAAAGCACAAAAGGAGGAAAAGUGUCUGGUUAUAAUUCCAAGGUAUACAGCCUUGGAGGGGCCAUAACCUUACAGGCUGCUAGACUAAACUAGCUGUUUUUUUUAUUUUUUUUAUUGUCAGUUACUUAUAAGCAGUGGUGGGAAAAGUACCCAGUUGUCAUACUUGAGUAAAAGUUAAGAUAACUUAAUAGAAAAUGACUCAAGUAAAAGUGAAAGUCACCCAGUAAAAUACUACUUUAGUAAAAGUUUUAAAGUAUUUGGCUUUAAAUAUACUGAAGUAUAAAAAGUAAAUGUCAUGGAUAAAAUGUACUUAAGUAUCAAAAGUGAAAGAACCGGACUGCAUCAUUUUCUUGUUUUUUAAUUUUUGGGUAGCCAGGGGCAUGCUCCAACACUCAGACAUCAUUUACAAACAAAGCAUGUGUUUAGUGAGUCAACCAGAUCAGAGGCAGUAGGGAUGACCAGGGGUGUUCUCUUGAUAAGUGUGUGAAUUAGACAAUUUUCUUGUGCUGCUAAGCAUUCAAAAUGUAAUGAAUACUUUCGGCUGUCAGGGAAAAUGUAUGGAGUAAAACGUCCAUUUUCUUUAGGAAUGUAGUGAAGUAAAAGUUGUCAAAUAUAAAUAGUAAAGUACAGAUAUCCUAAAAAACUACUUAAGUAGUACUUUCAAGAAUUUUUAAGCAGUGGUGUAAAGUACCUAUGAAGUUUCCCUACUAAAGUUUUAACAUAUUUAUGUAGACUCUUUAUAAUGGGAUAAAAUGGUAUUCCACUGAAGUUCUAAUGUUUCUAUCAUGAAGCAAAUUGUCUAAAGGACCCAGGGCUUUCGAGUGGCACAGCAUCUCAGUGCUAGAGACAUCACUACAAACCCUGGUUCGAUUCCAGGCUGUAUCAUAACCGGCGCACAAUUGGCCCAGCGUCGUUAGGGUUUGGCUAAAUAAGAAUUUGUUCUAAAACUGACUUUCCUAGUUAAAUAACAAAAUAAAAGGACCCACAGAACUACUCCUGGUUAGGGUUGAAGUGGAUACAUCUAAUGCUGCUUGUAUCGCUUCGUAAUGACUGACAGCAUUAUGAACAGGUGCAUCAAAGCAGUGACCAAGAGACUGAAAAACAGCUUCUAUCUCAAGUCCAUCAGACUGUUAAAUAGCCAUCAGUAGCACCUUAGAGGCUGCUGCCCAAAACACAUAGACUUGAAAUCGCUGUCCACUUUAAUAAUGGAACACUGGUCACUUUAAUAAUGUUACAUAUUUUGCAUUACUCAUCUCAUAUGUAUAUUCUACUGUAUCUUAGUCUAUUCCUCUCCAACAUUGCUCGUCCAAAUAUUUAUAUAUUCUUAAUUCCAUUCCUUUACUUUGGAUUUGUGUCCAUUGUGUUUAUUGUUGUGAAAUUGUUAGAUAUUACUGCACUGUUGGAGCUAGAAACACAAGCAUUUUGCUACACUUGCAAUAACAUCUGCAAAACAUGUGUAUGUGAUCAAUAAAAUUAGAUUUGAUUUUAACAAAAUUUUGGAUAGAAAAAAUUUGAAAUAUUAACUGGUGUUUGAUCUUUAAAAACUUGAGUUUGAAGAGUAUAUUGAUAAACUGAACCUUAUUAGCAUUUUAGCUUAGUCGAUUAAGUCUUAACAUCCUCUUGGAUAUAAGUUUUGAUAGGUUUGGUUUUUGAGCUUGAACUAUUAUUAAUCAUUAGUUCUAAAAGAUACAUAUGAGGGGUGCCGUAAUGAUGCUUGGGAGGGGCUGAUUGCAGGGAACACAGUCACGUGGCAGUACUGAUAAGGGGAGGAACCGUUUAAGGCCCAGAUCACUCAGCUCCCUGCCUAGAAAUAAUGAUGCAAUGUUUGGCGAUAAUGAGGAGACUCCACCCAAAGUGGGGUAUGUAUACUACCAUGGGUGAAACCAUGUUUUUUUGUUUAAUGCAGCUGUACUGACCCUCUGGGAAGAAUAAACUUGGUUUUAAGCUUU